AUGGAGAAGUCGAAGGACGUUGAGGCCGGCAAGGGCCCAUCAUCAAUCCCUCACUGGCGCUUGGUAUUUGAUCAAGGCCUUGUAACUGAUGAGGUUAUGAAUUGGAAAUAUGCUGGUUCUGGAACGGACGAGGACCCGUACGUGGUCAAUUGGAUCGACAACGAUCCCCGCAACCCGAUGCUGUUUUCGAAAGUCAAGAAGUGGUUCCUUACAGCCCUGGUCGCCAUCGCAACACUUGCGGUCGCCUUUGUGUCUUCCGCAUACUCUGGAGGUAUCAGAGAGAUCCUGGCAGAGUUCGGUGCUUCGCAGGAAGUUGGCAUUUUGGGUGUCUCCCUCUUCGUUUUAGGAUUUGCCGUUGGCCCUCUAUUGUGGGCACCGCUUUCUGAAAUCUUUGGUCGUCAAGUCCUUUUUGUCACCACUUACGGUGGCUUGACAGCUUUCAACGCUGGUGCAGUUGGCUCCAACUCCAUGGCAACUCUGAUCGUUCUCCGAUUCUUUGCUGGUGCAAUUGGCUCGUCUCCUCUUACCAAUGCUGGUGGUGUCAUCGCCGACAUGUUCUCGGCUCAAGAGAGAGGUUUGGCUAUGACUCUUUUCGCCGCAGCUCCUUUCAUGGGACCCGUUCUUGGACCUAUCGUCGGAGGGUUUGUUGGCCAGACCGUUGGCUGGAGAUGGGUAGAGGGUGUUAUGGCAAUCUUUACUGGUGUCCUCUGGAUCAUCGGCUCGCUUCUCAUUCCCGAGACCUACCCUCCCGUCCUUCUCCGCAAGCGCGCUGCAAAGAUGUCCAAGAUGACCGGCAAAGUCUACCGCAGCAAGGGCGACGUCGACCAAGGUCCCACUACUUUCGGCAAAGUCUUCUCGACCUCGCUUCUCCGUCCCUGGGUUCUACUCUUCCGCGAGCCCAUCGUCUUUCUUCUUUCCAUCUACAUGGCCAUUAUCUACGGUACUCUGUACAUGCUGUUUGCCGCCUUCCCUAUCGUCUACCAGCAAGGUCGUGGCUGGAGCCAGGGUAUCGGUGGUCUCGCUUUCCUUGGUGUCGCUGUGGGUAUGCUCAUGGCUGUCGCAUACUCUGUCUGGGACAACAAGCGUUACGUCAAGGUUUCUACUGAGAACCAAGGCUUCGCUCCCCCUGAGGCUCGUCUUCCUCCCUGCAUCCUCGGUGGUAUCUGCUUGCCUAUCGGACUUUUCUGGUUCGCCUGGACCAAUUCGCCCUCGAUCCACUUCAUGGCCUCGAUCGCUGCUGGUGUACCUUUCGGUUUCGGCAUGGUUCUCGUCUUCUUGGGCAUUAUGAAUUAUCUCAUCGAUGCCUACACGAUCUUCGCUGCCUCGGUCCUUGCAGCAAACUCGGUCUUGCGUUCGCUCUUCGGUGCCGCCUUCCCCCUGUUCACGUCACAAAUGUAUGACAACCUUGGAAUUCACUGGGCAUCGACUAUUCCUGCUUUCCUGGCUCUUCUCUGUGUUCCCAUGCCUUUCCUCUUCUAUAAGUUCGGACCCAAAAUUCGCGAGAACUGCAAAUACGCCAAACAGUCGAUGGAAUUCAUGCGCAACAUGCAGAAGCAGAUGGCAGGAGGCGAAAGCAAGGAAGAUGAGGAGAAGGAAGAGCAAGAGGCCUUUGACUACUCAUACGAAUCUGAGUCUCACGGUGACGCCGAGACCCCCAAAUUCGAGGAGAUCAAAACUGGCAACGACAGCCAAGGACUUGGGGGUGCCAGAUUGUCUCGCACUUCGACCUACGAGCACUCGCCCUACGACAUUGACCGCGUCAACACGAGAGAGUCGUUCACCAAGCCUCGUUCCAGAGCAUCCAGUCUUCGUCGCGGUGCUUAG